AUGGCGGCCUCCAUGGAGCGCCUGGUGCAUGUCCUAGGCAAGCGGCGGAGACCGGCGGCUGUCUUGGCUGCUUUCUUCCUAGUGCUGCUCCGCUGUUUUCUCGGAGUUCAGAGCCGCGCUGCGGUCUGGGAUUCGUUAAACGAUGACCUACUACUGCCAUAUCCUCCUCCGCGGCACGGUCCUCUGCAUCGCCAUCGGUCCGCCCGCGAUUGCCGAGCCCUCCUGGGCGGCAACGCAACGCACGAAUCCUGGCCCGGCGACAACAGCAGCGUCCCCCUGCUGGCCGUCACACGCAGCUUCGUUUCCUACAUCCCUCCAAAGGGCCCGAACCGGAGGCAAGUGUACGGCCACCUCACUAUUGCGAGAGACCCACUGAGGACGUUUUCCGUGCUAGAGCCUGGCGGGCCGGGAGGCUGCCGUUCCCGCAGCAGAUGGACGGUGGAGGAGGCCGCGAGACGCGGCGAGUGCCUGGUGGCCCAGAACGGGGGCUAUUUUGACAUGGACACGGGCAAGUGCUUUGGGAACAUUGUGAGUGACGGGCAGCUGGCCCAGACCUCCGGAGGGGUACAGAAUGCUCAGUUUGGCAUCCGGAAAGAUGGCACCCUGGUCUUCGGCUACCUGUCUGAGGAGGAGGUGUUGGCGAAAGAGAACCCCUUCGUGCAGCUCGUGAGCGGGGUGGGCUGGCUCCUGCGAGACGGGGAGGUGUACGUGAACCAGAGCCGGGCGGUGGAAUGCGACGAGGUCCAGGAAACAGGGUCAUUCGACCGGUUCAUCAAUGUUGUGUCUGCCAGGACGGCUGUGGGGCACGACAGACAAGGUCAGCUGGUACUGGCGCACUUUGAUGGGCAGACGGACACACGGGGCCUCAGCCUCUGGGAAGUGGCUGAAUUCCUGAAGGAGCAAGGCGUUGUCAACGCUAUCAACAUGGAUGGUGGAGGGUCGGCGACCCUGGUCUUAAAUGGAACACUUGCUAGUUACCCUUCAGAUCACUGUGCCUUUGACUCCCGGUGGCGCUGCCCUCGGAGGAUUUCGACCGUCCUGUGUGUCCACGAGCCGGUUUGCCAGCCUCCGGGCUGCAGCGGGCACGGACGCUGUGUGCUCGGCCAGUGCCAGUGCGACGGAGCUUUCUGGAGCGGAGCGGCCUGCGGUGUCUUGGAUUGUGGCCCUUCCAACUGCACUCUGCAUGGGAUGUGCACAGAGACCGGAUGCCUCUGUGACGCGGGAUGGAUGGGCACUAAUUGCAGUGAAGUGUGCCCCGGGGGUUCCUACGGGGACGGCUGCACUCAGAAAUGCCUCUGUCGCCAUGGCGGGACGUGCAACUCCGUGAACGGGUCUUGUGUUUGCCCAGCUGGCUUCCAAGGAGUCCUCUGCGAAGAAGCUGGGCGGAAAGCCGACGAGAAGGAGGAGCCCCUUUUCACCGUGAAGGCCCUGAUGGUCAUACUUCUGUUGUCGGUGCUACUUUUCUUCAGUAUCGCGGUGAACGUGACACUCUUCUACUGCUGCUUACGCCAACGGGGACGUGGUCAGCACACCUAUCGCCCGCUGAAGGCAAUGAAUGGGGACAGCACCCAGAGCUGUCCGUCUGCAAAGGAGGACUACAUGGAGGAGGAGCAGGAGGACUGGGACACGAAUCCGACAGAAAGGGAUACCUUCCUUUGAUGAAAAUGGGCGGGAGACCCUUUCCACCGUUGUGGUGUGGUAGUGGUCCGUAGCAGAAUCUUCCGGGGACCCUGUUGUUCCAUAACAUAGGAUCCAGCUGUUCCUUUCGUUGGCCUAUAUCCAUCGUGAAAUCCGCUGCUGCCCUUACAAGUGUGUCCUCUCUGGGAAAAGGAAUCACAUUUUGGCUCCCCGAGGCGGAAAGCCCAAACAGUGGCCCUUCUGGAAAAACAAAAUGGUUUUUUUUUUAGAAAAAAAAAAUCCUGAUAAUGUACAGCAUGAGAAGGACGACCCCACCCGCCUCUGCCUCCUGAAAGGGCUGGCCAGGCAGCGUUGUGGAAGGGCCAACCAAGGCGGCAGCAGCAGCAAAGCGGUCGGACUUGCUCAUCGGCGUCAUGGGUGCUGCCCUCCGAAAUUCCCCGGGGAAGCGGUUCUUGCCCUGGCCCACGAGGGAAGGAGCUCUCCAGUCCUGGAAUAGCAAGACCCUCUUCUCAGAAUCUGUCUUUUCCAAACUAGGACAGAUUGGAAAGAUGGUUAGACCAAAUCAUGAAGGAGGAGGCUGUCAAUGGCUCCUGGUCCGGAUGGCUGCAUCUUACCUCCUUCACCAGAGGCAGUAAGCCUCUCAGUACUUCCAGUGGCUGGGGAAA